UCCCUUCCCCAAACUCCUCUCAUUAUAAGCUUCUCCCAAAGUACACUCUCCACACACACACACACACACACACACACACACACACACACAGAGCGCGCGCCGUAUUUCCCACACCAAAACCCCACGCGCUCCCUCAUUCUCUUUCACCGCCACCAAAUAACCCUUCACCUCCCUCUCUCCGCCGCCGCCGCAUCCUGCGGCGUUACCGUACCAACUCCGAUUUAAUUACAAAGAAGAGUACUAGGAGGUGCUUCGUUGCAAAUGGCGGCCACCGCAACCCUCGACGUCGCCGACGGUCCAGUCAUGAGCCUUAUCAACAAGCGCCUCCGCGCCCUCCGCAAGAAACUGAACCGCAUAUUGGCCAUGGAAGAGUCCGUUUCUCAGGGCAAGCUACUCAACAAGGAGCAAGAGGAAGUUCUCCGCUCCAAGCCCUCCGUUCUCGCACUCAUCGACGAGUUCGAGAAGCUUCGCCAGCCUCUUUCAUCGGCUCUCGCUGAAGAGCUCGACAGCGCACUACAAAGCCGGCGCGAAACCCUAGCCGAAAACUCCGGCUCCACUGAGCAGCCGAACUCAAACGACGUGGUCGUGGAGGACCUUCUUAAUUUGAUUUACUUUGGCUCGCUCUUCGACGUGAAGAGCGACUUCGCCUCAACGAUGCUCACCAGGACGCACGAGCGGGGAUGCUGCUUGACCUAUGAUUAUGUUACGGACGACGCCACCGAUCUGCUCGGCGAGAAGGACUUGGAUUCGAUCUCCACGUUGCGCGGCUUGUUGAUUUCGCGGCCGGCCGAUUCGAGCUUCUCGCACAAGAACGCGCUGCAGCGGUGCGUUGAGCACGCGAAGCUGUGGCUUGCUAAGUCUGAACGACCUAUUGAGCCCAAUGCUGAUGUUACUUAUGCUGCCUUGAGAGAGAAGUUGAAUAAGAUUAUGUCUUCGGAUUACUUCACCACCACUCCUGAGAUGAAAGCUCCGGUUGAAGUUGCUGCGGCUGCUGCUAGCGGAAAUUACGUGCCCUUCCAUGUGCCCGUGCAUGGCUCUGUGGUUCCGGUUGAAGUGGAACGAACAGUUUUUCAGGCUCAGGAGAAGGAUGAAGGAACUACAAAUUUUCAAGAACAUGUAUCUGGUGAUGAUCAAUCUGAUCCUGAAGGAGAGCUUCAGAAGGAUGAAGUAGAAGCAGAAAUUCCAGUUGAGGAGGUGUCAGUUCAACAUGAACAGACCAACCCACAAGUGGAUUUAGAGCUUAAUCAACAAGAUGUAGAUGGAAAGGAGCAGCAGUCCUACCCGAGGAGGGGUUAUCAGAACCAUAGAGGUGGUCGUGGUGGAGUGAAUAGGAGGGGUUAUUCAAAUGGUCGUGGAGGUCGAGGUGGCGGCAGAGGAGCCUAUCAAAAUGGCCGCAAUCCAUAUUAUGAGCAGCCUGGAAAUUAUUAUCCAAGGAACUAUUAUAACAAUAGAGGAAGAGGCGGCAGAGGUGGUGGCUACUCUUACAACAACCAUGGUUCAGGUGGUCCUGUUAAUCAUGUUGCAGGUGAUGUAGGGGUGCAAUCAUGAUUAGUUAUGAGGUGUCCAUAAUGUUUAUUACUCUGUCACUAGUUGGUGGUGAACCUUUUUAUUCGCCUGGCAUGAAACAUGUUUUGAACAAUUUUGUUUGACACUCAAACAUCUAGACUCCACCAUUUUGUCGUCCAAUGGCUAGUGGACCUUUGUCGAAAUCUCACAGGAAGAGACUAUUUUCGAGCAUCUGAUGUUCUGGAAUGUUAGGCUAUCUGCGAUAUCUUCCAACCAGUUUGGACCAUUGUCGUUGCAUGCAGUGAGUAUGCGCUAUACAGUGGGACCUACGGUAAUGCACAGAUUUCUAAAGUAGUGCCUUAUUCGAAAAUUUCUAACUGCAUUCCAUUGAUGGUUUUUUUUUUUCAAUUCUCGAGCGAUCGCCUUUUAGCAUUUACCAAAGGACUGUCACGUGACAUUUUUGUUUCUACUUGCCAUGGAUUCAUUAGUGUGUUGAUAGAACCAAAGGAUAGAUUAUAUUUCGUUAAUGCGUGGUUUUAGAAUAAGAAAAAGUAGUCCCUUUAUUUGUGCUUUAUUGAGAAAGGGUAUUUUCUUAUGAAAAAUAUUUUUUUAAAACAAUUAUUGAAGCUAACAAAAAUAAAAAACUUCGUUAGCAAAUAUAUUUGUUAAGAAUUAAAAGUAAUUUUGGAAAAUAAAAAGGUUACAAUUUGUUUUGAAGAAUCGUUUCAUUUGUGGAAAGUCAGUCACGUGUGAUUGUGGCAAGUUUUAUUUGUAAUUAGAAGUGUUGUCACCUUAAAAGGGAUUAUGCAUUACUAAUUAUGGUAGAAUUUAUUGAUCUUAAUUGGGAAGGAGAAAAGUAAAAUUUAAUUUUAUAAUGUCAAUAUUAAGGAUUAUUUAUUAGUUACAUAACUUAUGUUACUAUUUAUAAAAUGGUCAUUUGACUUUAUAUUUUAAUUUUAAUAAUUUAGAUUUAGAUUAAUAGGAGAGAAAUAAAUAUAAAUAGAUUGUAUUAUGAAUGGUUAAAAUUGAAAUUGAAAAAAU